AUGUUCAGUGCAGACUAUGCGCCCACGGAACGGACCAUGGUGGAAGCCAUGGUGGAGGAGCCGACCUUUGACACGGAGCAGCGUGCUCGUAAGGGAUUCAGUGUUUGGUAUAUAAAGAAUUCACCCUACUGGUCUUUGAUGAUUGCAUUUUCUGGAACGAUAGGGAAUGGCCUCUUUCUCGGGAGUGGAAGGUCGCUUGCCGGUGCUGGACCCGGAGGCGCUGUGCUUUGCUAUAUUCUGAUGGCCACCGUCAUAUCUUCGGUCAUCUCAUGUCUGGGUGAGAUGACAGCUCUUAUGCCUGUUAACGCACCAGUCAUGGAGUUUCCCCGGCGUUUCGUCGACCGAGGCGUUGGCUUUGCUGUCGGCUGGGUCUAUUGGUUUGCCUACGCUGUCCUUGCGGCAGAUCAGCUAGUUGCAGUGACAAACUCUGUCAGAUUUCGAUAUGACGACGGCAAAACGUUUCUACACUGGGAAACUGGAGAAAACGUACAUCCUGCCGUGUGGAUAUCGCUCUUCUUAUUCCUAGUUACUAUGAUAAACAUGUUGCCUGUCAAGUAUUAUGGCGAGCUAGAGUAUAUCUUCGGCAGCAUUAAGCUCAGCUUCAUCACAAUGAUCAUAGUGAUGAUGGUUGUGCUGGAUACAAUGCAACCUCGACCAAACGCAUACUACAAAGAUCCUGUUGGGACCAAGUAUUGGGACCAACCGUUCUCAUUCAUUUGUCGAGACUAUAAAGUGCGAGGAGAUGAUAACACCGUACAGAUGGAAAUUAAAGGAACCAUGGGCUCAUUUCUGGGGAUGUGGACAACCAUUAUCAACGUGAUAUUCUCAUACGUAGGAAUGGACAUCGUUGCUGCUACGGCCGCAGAAAGCAAAUCUCUUGCUGACUCGGAAAGCAUGAAGAUGGCGGCCCGAAAGAUCAAUCUACGUGUCAUCACCCUUUAUACGCUUUCCAUGCUUACUGCCUCGUUCCUGGUUCCACGAAACCAUCCAUUUUUGAACGGAAAGGCACAGUCGGUUGGCGCCUCAUCUGUCUUUCUCAUCGCUGUCGUCGAGGCCGGUCUUCCCGCAGCCGCUCACUUUUUCAACGCCAUGUAUGUCUUUUCGGCAUUUACCUGCGCUAUAAACUCGAUGUAUGUGGCAUCAAGAGUGCUGCAUACCUUAGCCCUGCGAGAACAGACUGGCCCAAGGUGGCUUACACGAAGGCUUCAAGAAUGCCAUUUGGGAGUGCCCCUGAGAACGGUUUUUGCAACGGCAGGUUUGAUGAUGAUUGCCUAUAUGGGUCCGACUGGCGGCCCCGGACAGAGACUCGGUGAGCUCGCAACCAAUUGUACGGUUUCAUGUCUCAUCGUAUACACUGCGAUUUGCGGAACCUAUCUAUGCUUCUAUAGAACUCUUAACGAAGCUAAAAAUCUCGGAAAUACUUCCCAAGCGCAGUCUGGCUGCUAUGAACGAGAUCACCCACGCUACCCGUACAAAUCUCACGGCCAGUGGUUAAAAGGCGCAUAUGGACUGAUUUCCUGCAUUAUCCUUAUCAUUUUCAAUGGGGUUGGAGCCUUCCUGGAAACCCCUUUCAACCUCAGGCAUUUCCUUGCUGCGUAUAUCGGAAUACCCGUGUUUUUCAUCCUCGUCAUUGGCUACAAGGUCAAGAAACAUGGACUUCGCUUCUCCGAAUGGGGCCCUGAACGAUCAAAUGACCUUCAAAACACGGUGCAAGUCACCAGCAAGACCCGAAAAGGAAGAUUGGAAUUCCCAGACGAUGGGUUUACAGCUGAGAAUGGUAAGACUUUCUUGAGAUGGGUAUGGACAUGGAUGAAAUAA